CUCAGGAAGACGAGUUGCGCCGCCGCCACCUCGUUCAAUUUUAGACUUAACAUUAAUUGUGCCAUCUGACGAUGAAAACGAAACUUCACUCUCCAGCCCCCGCGCAGAGCUCUCCCCGCUUGGCCCCUGCGCAGAUUAGGUGGUGUCUACCUCCGGUGUCAUGCGGCUCCGCGCGGCCUCGUACACCAAUGCUACACUUACCCUAGGACGGCAUCACGCUUCUUGGUUUCUCAUGUCAACAGAUUCUUCUUCUCUCCCAGCAUGCCCGUUGAUUUGCCUGAACUUCAUCCCGCCGGACAUCACGCCGUUGUCUCCGAGUAUGAGGACGGCGCAGGUGGAACGCUUCCUGUAUCACGGAGGUCCUGGAGGUCCUUCCCUCCUCCAGCUUUUGAGCCUUCAAGAUGAGAGCGGGCGACCAAUCUUGAAGCUCACUGGCGAGUCCGUUGGUUCAAAGCACAUUGUCGAGGUCCUCGUGUCUGAGGCAGACAUACUCCAUGCUUGUGCCCACUGUGGGAUGUGGGAGCCGCCAGAGGGAGAUCGGUUCACCGCCUGCGAUGCCUGCAAGGUAAGGUACUACUGUUCGGAGUUGUGUCAGAAAGAAGAUUCGCGAGAAGACUUGCACGGCACAGACUGCCUGAUGCUUCAGCAAGGCAGAGAGCUUGACGUAGAACGUCGCCGCAAGUUACACGACAACUUUUGGAAUUUGAAGAACAGAAAGGACCAUUCAACCUUCGACCCAACACGAAUCAAAUUUGCGGGGCUUAGAAGCGACCGUGUCUCGUACGUAGCGUCUUCGUGCUCCGCCUGUACUCUGUGUGGUAUUCUGACCGAUGCGCAUAUCAUCAGCACAUCACCUCCCUUCUCACUACAGUAUUGCAAAUGCCAUGUAUCCGGUGCUGCAUGAAAUACGCGGACGUCGAUCUUUCGCUGUUUCAGUUAGCGUGUUAUGCUCAAAUCUGCUACGCUCGGCGGUUUCGUAUGCACUCGGCCCCUGAAACCACCU